AUGGCGCACGGGCCUCAUGCUAGCGACAGGGAUAGCUUGAACCCUGCAGCAAGCAACCCAAUCCGAUCACAGCCAGACGUAUACGAUGUUGUCUGCGUUGGCGGUGGUCCAGCAGGACUGAGUCUCCUGGCUGCUCUGCGUGCGAAUCCGAUCACUGCUGGCCUCAGGGUCGCCCUGAUUGAGGCUCAAGACCUCUCAAAAACGCGCCAGUGGAAACUACCUCCCGACCGAUACUCGAACCGAUGCAGUUCCCUGACACCGACGUCUGCGGGAUUUCUUGAGAAAAUAGGAGCCUGGCAACUGAUGAAGCGGGAGAGAAUACAGCCCUACCAGGAAAUGCAGGUGUGGGACGGCGUCUCGGGCGCACGAAUUGAGUUCGACUGGGAUGGUGGCGCAGGGCAGACCAUCGCAUACAUGAUCGAGAAUCUCAACAUCACCUCGGGCUUACUAGGUCGCCUCGACCAGCUGGGUGGGGUGUCAGUUUUCGACAAUACAAAGGUCGAGGAGAUCUCGUUUGGAGAGGAGGCGGACGGCCUGGAUCUGUCUGAGUGGCCUGUCAUCCGGCUGGCCGGUGGACAACGGCUAUGGGCUAGGCUGCUCGUCGGUGCAGACGGUGCAAACAGCCCAGUCCGAUCCUUUGCCGGGAUCGAGUCGCGAGGCUGGGACUACGGUCGACAUGGCGUUGUUGCCACGCUUAAGCUGGAAGGUGAGGGCUGGGGCGGCGACCGCACCAAGAUCGCGUACCAGCGCUUCCUGCCCACGGGCCCAGUCGCCGUGCUGCCUUUGCCGGGCAAUUACUCCUCUCUUGUGUGGUCCACGACGCCAGACAGGGCUGCUCGGCUGAAGGGCUUGUCCUCACCGGACUUCACAGCGAUGGUGAAUGCUGCCUUCAGGCUGAGCCCUGUGGAUCUGGAAUACCUGCACAGUCAGGGCUCCGGUCAGGAGGAAGAAGUCUCGUGGCGGAUGCAACACGUCUCGGUGCAGCCACAGAUUAUCCCGCAGACUGUCGUGGGUGUGCAGGAGGGCACGGUCGCGUCCUUCCCUUUGAAGAUGCGCCAUGCCGACACGUACAUCGGCGAGCGCAUCGCACUCGUUGGUGACGCCGCGCACAGCAUCCACCCGCUCGCCGGCCAAGGGCUCAACCAGGGACAGGGCGAUGUCCAGAGUCUGGUCAAGACCAUAGAGUACGCUGUCAGCCACGGCCAGGAUAUCGGCACUCAAAUGGCCCUCGAACCCUACAACGCCGAGAGAUACGCUACAAACCACGCGGUGCUCGGUGUCUGCGACAAGCUGCACAAGCUCUACUCGGUCGGCAGCGGACCCUUGGUUCCAUUGCGAUCUCUGGGUCUCGGUGCUGUUAACGCCAUGCGGCCUGUCAAGGACUUCUUCAUGAACCAGGCCGCUGGCAAGGGCUUCAAACUCUUCUGA